AAGCCUUCACCAGCUCUUCUGGUUCUUCAUACACAUUUCUCUCUCUUCCUUGAACUCUCCGCUUUUUCUCUCUCUCUCUCUCUCUCUCUUAGCUUCAGUGUAAAAGGGCCGAUUCCGGGCUUAUUCUCGAACUGGCUAACUCACAGGAAAUACUGGAAGAAUCGUCAAGAAAGAACCAAGAGGUGGUUCUUGACCUCUAUGAGGCCUUGAGAUCUCGAGACGUGGACACGGUGCAAAAGAUCCUCGCCUCCGACCUCGAGUGGUGGUUCCAUGGCCCGCCGUCUCACCAGUUUAUGAUGCGCCUUCUCACUGGUACUGACACCGCAUCGUCAUCAUCAGGAAAAGUUGGAAAAAGCUCCACUGAUUUUGAGUUCAACCCUGUGUUCAUCAGGGCCUUUGGAUCGAUCGUGAUUGUAGAAGGCUGUGAUUAUAGCCGCUCCAUUUCUUGGAUUCACGCGUGGACUGUUACGGAUGGGAUAAUUACUCAGGUGAGAGAGUACUUCAACACUUCUCUUACUGUUACUCGUCUUGGAAACCAAGAUCAAUCAGAGCCAUCUGAUUAUUCAUCUCCGUCUUCAUCGUCAUCUUCAUCUGCGGAGAUAACUUCUGUGCAUUGCCCGUACAUUUGGGAGAGCAGGCUCACCAAUCGGGUCGGGAAAUCAGUGCCGGGUUUGGUUCUGGCAAUUUAAUCAAUAAGUGUUCUGAUCAGGUGCAGGCGUUAUUAUUAUAAUAUAGUAGUGGAAUAAAAAAAACGCCGCACGUGUCUCUUGUAUGCGAACAGAGAUGUGAGUCUUUAAGGGCUUGUUUGUUUGGUUUCGAAUUUGUUGCUUUGGUGUGGUAAGUCCCAGUCCCGGAGCCAAGCAUGGUGAAGGCUACUGGUUCAAAUGUUGACGUGUCAAUGCUUGUAAUGUGGUGUUCUCAUUAUAAAAUAAAUAUGUGUUGUGCUUUUCUUUCA